AAGGCGUGUCUUGAAACAGAAACACUGAGUCGGGCACGACGGUGCACGCGCAUGAGCGCACACGAGCACACAACCAGAUACACACACAUAUAUAUACAUACACACACCGCCCAGCGGGCUGUUUGUUCCUCCGCUCUCCUUCACGUCGUCGUCCUGUUCAGGCUCGACCAUGGCUCGGUUCCGGAGGAGAACCUGCACCGCUCUGCUUCUAUUCACAGUUUUCAUCUUCGGAACCAUGAUGGUACUGAGAACUCUAAGAACCGCCGACGUCCUCUCCCAGUCGCCGCUGGGCUCGGAGCCGCUGCCCAUCGGAGCAAGGAUGGACCGGUGUUCCGGGUCUUGUGACGCCACCUCCUCGAGUCGUGGCCACGGGGCCGGCGGCGUCAACAGAACCGCUGCCUCGAACUCGGCGAUCUUUUACGACGUUCAUAUUUUCUACUUCGCGUUCUACGGCAAUCCGCCCACGGACGGGAAGUACAUCCACUGGGACCACGCUCUGGAACCGCACUGGGACCCCAAAAUCGCCCCCAGCUACCCCAGAGGAAGACACGUGCCGCCGGAAGACAUCGGAUCCAGUUUCUACCCCGAACUCAGUCCGUACAGCUCCAGGGACCCGGACGUGUUGGACUCUCACAUGCAACAGAUCGAAGCCUCUGGAGCAGGAGUUCUGGUUCUGUCCUGGUAUCCUCCUGGUCUGGCUGAGGGCGACGGAGAACCUGCGGAGGACGUGGUCCCAGCCGUACUGGACGCCGCACACAGACGCCACCUCAAGGUUGCAUUUCACCUUCAGCCAUACAGAGGAAGGAACGAGCAGAGCGUUCAUGACAACGUGAAGUACAUCAUCGACAGGUAUGGAGACCAUGGAGCCUUCUACAGGUUCACCUCCACCACUGGGCGGAGUCUUCCUCUCUUCUACAUCUACGACUCCUACCUAACUCCCCCAGAGUCCUGGGCUGAACUUCUGACCCCUACAGGCUCUCACAGUCUGCGCACUUCCGCUCACGACUCCAUCUUCAUCGCCUUGAUGGUGGAGGAGCGACACAAGCACGACAUCCUGGCCGCCGGCUUCGACGGGAUGUACACGUAUUUUGCCUCCAACGGGUUCUCCUACGGCUCCUCCCACCAGAACUGGGGGGACCUGAGGGCCUUCUGCAACAGCAACGACCUCCUCUUCAUCCCCAGCGUGGGGCCCGGCUACAUCGACACCAGCAUCCGACCCUGGAACAACCACAACACCCGCAAUCGCGUGAAUGGACGCUAUUACGAGACCGCCCUGCAGGCGGCGCUGGACACCAGGCCUGAGAUCGUCACCAUCACGUCCUUCAACGAAUGGCACGAGGGGACGCAGAUAGAGAGGGCGGUCCCUAAGAAAACCGUCAGCCGUCUGUACUUGGACUACCAGCCGCACGGACCUGACCAUUACCUGGAGCUGACCCGACGGUGGGCGGAGCAGUUCAACAAGGAGAAGGAGCGGUGGCUCAUGUGAGCGCUGGUCGAGUUCAGGAAGACAAGACGAGCAGCGAGGACGGUGAACGAUGAUGGCAAAAUAAGGAACUUUUUUCUAAAAAAAAAU